AUGGUACUCAACCUCGACCAGCACCCACGGCAGCAGUACGACACGCCCUUGAGCGAGCCCGGCACGCCCGUGCGCGCCGUCCUCCUCGGCCAACAUCCGCAACGGCUACUCGCCGUCGCCGACUUGAUGAACCAGGGCGACGUCGUGCGGGUCGUCGCAGGGGUUGCCGACAUCCUGGAUUGCGGCGUAGUCCUCAACGCGCAGAUCCCCCGUGUUGAUCUCCUCCUGUGCGGCGGCUAUUUCGAGUUGACAGAGGUGCGCGACAUGCUCGCCGAGGUCGCCAACGACAACUUGCGACUGCUGAAGGUCCCAGACGGCCUCAUGAUGGAUCACGGUGGCCCGCCAGCCGUCCAGAAGUGGAUCGAGGAGCAGGUCCGGGCCAACACGUUCACCCCGGUCCGAUGA